AUUAAAAUAAAGAGAAAAACCCCAUAAACCCACACAUAUAAAUUCCCUCUCCCCUCCGUGUCUCUUCCGCUCUACUCCGACCGUCCUCCCUAUACCCCUCCCUUCUCCGGCCUCCAAUGGUGGAUUGCCUCCAUAGCGAACGCCCGGUGUAUCAACUCCUCUCCACGGAGCCCUCAUCGCCUCCACACCGAGACGACGACGACGACCACCCUAUCGCCUCUCUCCCGAUCCCUCUCUAAAAUCUUUCUCUCUCUAAACCUUUCUUCUUCUUUACCCCAUCUCCAAGAAUCCCAAUACGAUCGCAAUUCCCGUCAUCACAUCCUCUAAUUUUCUCUUUUAUCGAUUGGAUUUUAUUCUGAUUCCCUUCUUCUCUCUUCGUCGAUCCCUUUUCCGUUUUUUUUUUAUAGAUUUUCCGUCGGUUUUCGGGAAUUUUCGUAGAAUUCUCGGGAACAGGCGAACCAUGAAGAUAGAUAAGCCGGAGGAAAAGGAGACGGAGCAGGAGGAGAAGGAGAUGGAUUUGCUCUUGGACGAGAUCCCCCAUGCAACAUCCCCCUAUCAUCAUCAUCAAGAACACCCCAUCCCCGAUGCCGACGCUCGUGUCAUCGGUAGCGGCGCGGACAACGCCCGCCGUGGGCUGCCGGGCCAUCUUGACAUGUACGCCUGCGCCGCCGCGCCGCAGGUCCAUGGGCAUGGCAAUGGGUUGAUGUUUCAGGUGUCGCCGUCGGGGUCGAGCUCGAUUUCCAGCGACGACGGGCUGCGCCGCUCCCCGGAGCCCAGCCGCCGCCCGCUGAUGGAGGAGCUCUGGCUUCUUGAUCGCCUCCGCGCCAUGCAUGUUGGGAACGGCGGCGGGGAGGCGGGUGCCCGGUGGCCCGGCUGCGGCCCGGCCGACCCGUUUCUUCCCCGGAGCGGCUAUAGCAAUGCCGGCAUGAGGCGACCCUUCGAAGGCGGCUACGGAGUCGUUCGCCGCUCUGUUCCGCCGAGCACGGUGCCGUUCAAUGAGGAGUGGAGGACGCCUGGGUUGGUCGCCCAGCAGCAUUGCAAUAAUUUAUUUGAUGCGUGGCUCCAAGCCCCGCGGUCCGAUCCCCCGCUGGGCUACCCGGCCGGUAUGUAUCCAGAGCAGAACUGGGAUGAUGUGUUGAAUGGCUUGCCGAUCGGUGGCAACGACGGGUUGGGCCAGAACUCUUACCACAGGGGAGUUUAUGGUGACAAUUCGGUGGCAGCUUUUUAUCGGUCUUCGGUUGCUGAAGCCUUCCCGCAGCAGGGCGGGGUUGGUCUUAAUCAGAAUUUGGGUUUCUCUAAUUCACCGAGGCCACCGAUGCUGAAUGAACGGGCGGCGUCAGCGGCGCUGGCGAACGGUUGGGCACUGCAGUCCCCGUCCCCGAUAAGAAACCUAAGAAAUGUUGAAGCUUUCGGCUGCGAGGAUGGUUUAAUUAUACAAGGGAAAGGGCUGCGCUUUGUGGGGAACAAUGGGCGGGAGUUCCAGAGGGAGCACAGGAGGCUGCCACAUCUUGAUGAACGCUUGGAUGCGAGAGGGAGGUCUGGUGUGCAUGGUCCGAGGCUUCAGUGCUCGCCACUUCCACCACUAAAAUAUGAUAAUUUGAUGCAUGAUGAAGGGUGUAUUUACCGCAUGGCGAAGGACCAGCAUGGGUGCCGGCUCCUGCAGCAGAAGUUCGAUGAGGGGAAGCCUCACGAAGUGGUUGCGAUAUUUAACGGGAUCAUCAAUCAUGUGGUUGAGCUCAUGGUGAACCCUUUCGGGAACUAUCUCAUGCAGAAGCUGCUGGAAGUCUGCACUGAGGAGCAGAGGAUGAACAUACUUAUCGUUCUCUCUCAAGACCCGGCCGAGCUUGUCAGGAUCUCUCUAAACACUCAUGGGACACGGGCAGUGCAGAAAUUGAUAGAGACCAUCAAAACCCCACAACAAAUAGCACGGGUGGUUUCUGCCCUUAAGCCAGGGUUUCUUGACCUUAUAAAGGACUUGAAUGGCAAUCAUGUGGUCCAGCGUUGCUUGCAAUGUCUUUCCGCAAAAGACAAUGAGUUUAUUUUUGUUGCUGCUGCUGAGCAUUGUGUUGACAUUGCGACUCAUCGUCAUGGAUGCUGUGUCUUGCAACGCUGCAUAGGUCAUGCUAUUGGAGAACAUCGGGCAAAACUGGUUGCUGAAAUUUCUGCUAAUGGACUUUUCCUCGCUCAAGAUGCCUUUGGAAAUUAUGUUGUUCAAUAUAUCCUAGAACUAGAUGAUCCAUCAGCAACUGCAAUUCUGGUAUCCCAAUUUGAAGGGCAUUAUGUAAACCUCUCAACACAAAAGUUCAGCAGCAAUGUAGUGGAAAAAUGCCUCAAAUUUUUUGGAGAAGAAUACCGAGAACGGAUUAUAGUUGAAUUGCUCUCAGUGCCUCGUUUUGAGCAGUUACUGCAGGACCCUUAUGCAAACUAUGUCAUUCAAUCUGCCCUCGGGAAUUCCAAGGGAUCUCUCUAUGCUACACUGGUUGAAGCCAUCCGUCCUUAUGGAGCAGUCCUUCGAACCAGUCCAUAUUGCAAGCGGAUCUUCUCCCGAACGAUGCUGAAGAAGUGAUGUACAUUUAGGACAGUAAAGAGGCUGUGUUGUUGUCCUUUGUUCACUAAUAGCUUAUCAAUAUAACCUCCAGAUUGAGAGUUCUCGGCUGUAAGAGUCCAAUGAUACCACAUGGAACUAUUCGUGUCCUUUUGCAGCUCUUGUGCAUUUAGGGCGUAGAGCUGUAAAAAUAAGCAAUUUUGCUUCCAGUUACUUGGGUACGUUUGUAAUGUGGAUGAAAUGCACAUUAACUGUUUUAUUUUCUGCGGACAAUUUGAUUACCAAAACUAUGAUUAUCCUCCUGUUUUGAAACAGUUGCAUCUUAUGCAAUUGUACAGUGUAAUAACGGUACAGUAUCUCUAGUUAUUACAGUAUAGUUUCUCUAGUUCUGGCCCGAGCUGAUGUUAGGCAAUAUGUUGUGGAUAUUAAGAG